UAAGGCUCCUGCAUUAACAGCGAUUUGCUGGUUUUCCCAAGAAAAUAAGUUCUGAAUUUAGAUCUGAGGCAGACCCAGCAUUUGUGCUUUUGAGAAGGAGUAGAAGAGCACCCAGAGGACCUCAAAUCUUUUUCACAAGAAAAGUUCAGAAAGAGUUGAGAAGCCCUCAGAUGACCUUGAAUGUUGUGCACAUGAAAUGUUCAGCCUGUUUGCCUAUUUAUUCUACCAAAAAUUAUUUUUUCUUUAUCUCUCAUUACAAAUGUAUUUUCUUUCUUGCCCUUCUGGACCUCCUCAGGACACAUUAGGACUCAGGCUAUUGCCACUUUUUGUGUUGCCCCUUACUGUAACACUAUUGGGACUGGGAGAAGUUAAAUAUGCACGAACUUUCUGUACAGUUCACCAAAACAGAAUAGCUUAAUCAGCAGAUCAUGGAACCUAUAUCUGUCCCUCAGCGGGCUGCCACUGCAAACAGAUCUGGAUAAUUGCUGGAUUUGCAUAGAAGUAGUAGACACUCUUCUUCAGAAAUGCAUCUGAUCUUAUUCAAAUGAGAUGUCAGAUUAAUGAUGCACCAGCUUUAAAAGUGUAUAAGCAAGAGUAUGAUCAUUUCUAACUAAUGUGAAUGUGCCUUUAGGAAGUGUAUUUCUUCACAUAGCAUUAUAUUUCAUAUUUGAGAGCUGUAUCAAAGGCAAUUUGGAAGUGGGUGUUUUUUUUUUUUCUUUUUUCUUUUGCAUUGGCGAGUUUGUGCAGCAGAUUGGUGCAUAAUGAAGCAUUUUUCACAGACGCACAGCGAUCUGCAGCCCAAGCUGGUAGUGUUGUGCUUAUAUCAACGUGUCUGGCAUUUAUUCAGCACUUAAACUACUAAUCAAACCAAAUAGACGAGAAGGAGAAUAUGAUUUAUUAUUCUUUUUGAAAUCCUUGAAUUAAUAAAAACCCUGUAGACGGAAGCAAGAUCAGUAAUCACAUAGAAUAUGCACAAGGACAAUGUGAGGAAAGGCUGAUGAAGGGACGAAGUUAGAAGGGAAAGUAAUGAACUGACGGAUAGACUGACGAGCUGAAGGCGCGCGCAUUUUCAAAGCAAGCCGAACGUUCCAGGGCACGUGCGGCUUCGCUGCAGGUGGCUGACGUCACGUGAGUUUAAAACGGGGCCGCGCGCUUGAGCUGAAGUGGGGAACUGGACAGCGCUGUGCUGGUAUCGCGGUGCGCGCAUCCUCUUCGGCAGGCUCCACAGUGCCCCUUUCUUCUCGAGUUAAAAACCGCAUCACACAUUUAAACCGCGGUUUCUUUGCUGUUAAAAACAGAGAACUAAACUGUAACAGCAGAAAGCGGAGACUACAAUUUCACGCACGACGCCAGCGGAAGGACGGACGCACGGACGGACGGUGGACGGAAACAGAGACAAACCGUGACCGCUGAGAGGAGUGUGGUCAUGGGGCCUAGGCAGGCCUCAGUUCUAGUUCAGCCUGUGCUGGCUGUAUUGGUGCUCAUUAUGAGUGUGUGCUGUCUAAACCCGGAUGACCCAAACGUCUGCAGUCACUGGGAGAGUUAUGCAGUGACAGUUCAGGAGUCAUACGCACAUCCUUUUGACCAGAUCUACUACACCAGAUGCACGGACAUACUCAACUGGUUCAAAUGCACCAGACACAGGAUCAGCUACAAAACAGCAUACCGGAGAGGGGUACGGACCAUGUACCGUCGCCGCUCCCAGUGCUGCCCGGGCUACUUUGAGAGUGGUGACUUGUGUGUCCCUCUGUGUACAGAAGAGUGCGCCCAUGGCCGCUGUGUGUCCCCUGAUACAUGUCAGUGUGAGCCAGGCUGGGGAGGACUAGACUGCUCCAGUGGCUGUGAGAGUGGCUACUGGGGACCUCACUGCAGUAACCGUUGCCAGUGUCAGAACGGAGCCCUGUGUAACCCCAUCACUGGGGCCUGUGUCUGCACAGACGGCUACCAGGGCUGGCGAUGUGAGGACCCCUGUGAGCCUGGCUACUACGGCAAGGGUUGCCAGCUGCAGUGCCAAUGUCUUAACGGUGCCACCUGUCACCACGAGACAGGCGAGUGCAUCUGUGCCCCUGGGUAUAUGGGUGCUGUCUGCGGUGUGCGCUGUCCAUCCGGCAGUCAUGGGACCCAGUGUGAGCAGCGCUGCCCCUGCCAGAAUGGUGGAACCUGCCACCACAUCAGUGGAGAGUGCUCAUGUCCGGCUGGCUGGACUGGGUCUGUGUGUGCCCAGCCCUGCCCAUUAGGCAAAUUUGGCAUCAACUGCAGCAAGGACUGCUCAUGCCGUAAUGGGGGACUGUGUGACCACAUCACUGGACAGUGCCAAUGUAUGGCAGGCUACACUGGCCGCAGGUGCCAAGAGGAGUGCCCUGUCGGUACAUAUGGCCAGCAGUGUGCGCUCCAUUGCGACUGUCAGAAUGGGGCCAAGUGUUACCACAUCAACGGUGCCUGUCUGUGUGACACAGGCUUUAAAGGACCUCACUGCCAGGAGAGAUUCUGCCCCCCAGGGUUGUACGGACUUAUAUGUGACAAAUACUGCCCCUGUAAUACUACGAAUACUUUGAGCUGUCAUCCUCUAUCAGGGGAAUGCUCUUGUACAGCAGGGUGGACUGGUCUGUACUGCAAUGAGAUGUGUCCUCCGGGCUACUACGGUGAGGGCUGCAGCCUAAAGUGCCAAUGUGCUAAUGGGGCAGACUGUCAUGGGGUCACUGGAGCCUGCAUCUGUGCUCCUGGCUUCACUGGAAAUGACUGCUCCCAGACAUGUCCUUCUGGAUUUUAUGGAACUAACUGCUCAUCUGCCUGUCACUGCCAUAAUCAAGCCUCCUGUUCUCCCAUUGACGGCUCCUGCAUUUGCAAAGAGGGCUGGCAGGGUGUGGACUGUUCCAUCUUGUGCUCCAGUGGAACAUGGGGUCUUGGCUGUAACCAAACCUGUAUGUGUGUAAACGGGGCUGCCUGUGACCCCAUUGAUGGCUCUUGCUCCUGCACACCAGGCUGGAGGGGAAAACACUGCCAACUGGCUUGCUCUGAUGGCACCUACGGGCUGGAGUGUCGGGAGCACUGUGACUGUAAUCAUGCCAACGGAUGUGAUCCCAUCAGUGGCUACUGCCUCUGUUUGGCAGGAUGGACGGGUAUCCACUGUGACAGUGUUUGCCCUCAGGGCUUCUGGGGGCCAAACUGCUCCAUGACGUGCUCAUGCCAGAAUGGAGGCUCAUGCUCCCCUGAGGAUGGCACCUGUGUGUGCGCACCAGGCUACCGUGGCACAUCCUGCAAAAGAUUCUGUUCUCCUGGGUUCUAUGGGCAUCGCUGCAGUCAGACAUGCCCCCAGUGUGUGCACAGCACUGGCCCGUGCCAUCAUGUUACAGGCCAGUGUGAAUGCCUGUCUGGAUUUUUUGGCCCACUGUGCAGUGAAGUGUGUCCCAGUGGCAGGUAUGGGAAAGCUUGUGCUGAAGUGUGUCUCUGCAUGAACAACGGCACGUGCAACCCUAUUGACGGCUCCUGCCAGUGCCUCCCCGGCUGGAUUGGAGAUGACUGCUCACAGGCAUGUCCUAUAGGGCAGUGGGGUCCUGACUGCCUCAACUCAUGCAACUGUCACAACGGAGCCCAGUGUAGUGCCUAUGAUGGGGAGUGCAGGUGCAGCCCUGGCUGGACGGGCCUUUACUGCACACAGCGAUGUCCAUCAGGCUUCUAUGGGCGUGACUGUGCUGAGGUGUGCCGCUGUCAGAACGGAGCAGACUGUGAGCACAUCACGGGCCAGUGUACCUGUCGCACAGGCUUCAUUGGUAGCAGCUGUGAGCAAAAGUGUCCUCCUGGGACUUUUGGCUAUGGCUGUCAGCAGCUGUGUGAGUGCUUGAACAAUGCCACCUGUGACUACGUGACUGGAACCUGUUACUGCAGUCCUGGAUACAAAGGAAUUCGCUGUGACCAGGCGGCCUUGAUGAUGGAGGAGCUGAAUCCCUACACUAAGAUCAGUCCAGCCCUGAGCUCCGAGCGCCAGUCAGCUGGUGCCGUCAUGGGCAUCAUCUUCCUACUCCUCAUCAUCAUGGCCAUGCUUAGCCUGUUUGUGUGGUACAGACAGAGGCAGAGGGAGAAGGGUCAGGACAUGCCGAGUGUGUCCUACACACCAGCCCUGCACAUCACCAACACUGACUACUCACUCUCUGACACAUCUCAGAGUAACAGUGGCCAGUGUUUCUCCAACCCCAGCUACCACACUGUGGCCCAGUGCAACAUUCCCUCCUCCAACACUAACAAUCUGGAUGGCACUCUAACUCUGAAGAAGGGGGAUAGGAGCAACUCAGAAUGGAGAGCGUAUUGCAAUCUGAAUGACCUUGGUGUGACACGAGAGGAUACACUGACACUACAAGACAACAAGACCACUCAAGUUGCUAAAGACUACAUCAAGCCAUCCAUGUGCAGCUCCAGCUCAUGCUCUUUGAACAGUGAGAAUCCAUAUGCCACUAUCCGGGACCCACCAGGUCUGACCUGCAAGCACACAGAGAGCAGCUAUGUGGAAAUGAAGUCUCCUGCACACAGGGACCUGGCCUUCUGCACCAGCACUAACACUACCACCCGCACCUCUGCAACCAGGAACAUCUAUGACAUGGAACCCACAGUGAGUGUCCUACAGGGACCCAACGGCCUGGCGACUGGUUUCUCCCAGAACCCUUAUGACCUUCCUCGGAACAGCCACAUCCCAAGCCACUACGACAUCCUGCCCAUGCGCCACAGCCCCACACACACCCCACCACCCCCUGAGAGCCCCCCCAGCUCCCUGCUGUAAAGCCGAGCCCUGAGUCUACCUCCACACUACAGCAAGCACCACCUGCUUCUGCAGGACCUCCUCCUGUCUAUGUUUUUAUCUUAUCACAUCUUUCCAUCCCUUUCCCACAUACACACACAGAUGUACAAGAAGAUAAAUAGUUUUGCUGGAUUGGUAUUAGUCUAUGUGUGUGUGUGUGGGAUAACAGAUGGAUAAGAAAGGAUUGUACAGAGAACUGUAAAGAUAUUAGCAACUACUCACUUCUCUUCAUUCGGUUUCCUUGAAGCUAAAAGGAUUUCAUUAAGAAGACCGGACUGGGGACUGAGAAGAAAAAAAAACAAAAUCUGUAUUGUGUAUCUAAUUGUAUAUAUUGCAGCAGACUACCAGACUAUUACUGCACUCUUGUGUUGAAGAGUUUCCAUACAAAUGAGCUGUCUUCAGUUGUAGGAAGAGGAACAUAGUCUCAGUGAUUCGAUGGUCAGUAGCUUAAGCAGGUGAGAAGUUGACCCAAUCACCUGUCCCCUAAAGCAGUCAGGGACUGACCCUGGCCAUCUAAUCAGAGCCAAUGGAUACUGUCACCUACAGGUGAAGUAUCACUGCUAACCUUGGCUAUUUAAGAGGACUGAAAAGACCUUAGUGAGUAAGCAUGGCUUAAUAGUAAGUAAAUGGUUAAAUAGUAAAACCAUUUAGUUUUUACUGUAUAAAGACAAUUACCAAAAUGAGUUUUUGAGAACCAUACGUUUUUCUUCAUGACCAUAUGAGUAUAAUUCUUUAAACAUUUCAUAAAGUAUUUUAAAAUCUGCUGAGGUGGUGCACAGCUCUUUAUAAAAGAUUUAUGAGACAAACAGCAGCUUGAUAUAAACUGUACACUGUCCUUAAAUCCACUAGUCUAUAUUAAACUGCUGUUUCAUCCAGAAACAUUUAUGGAUGGCUAUAUAUCAAGUUUGCAGGUGUGAUGUCAUGUGAAUGUGUAUUCAAGACAGUAUACUAUAAUGUUACUAUUCUUUGUUUUUUUUAGUAAAUAUAUACUGUUAUUUCUGUUUAUAUUCUUAAAAUCCCAGUGGCUGGAUCUUAAGAGAGCUUUUUUUGUGGGGGUUUUUGUAAUUUAUUUGAGGAAAUAGCAGUUUUGUUUCCCAUAAAGGUGUAAAGUUUAAAUAGAAAACAAUUUAGCAUGAGCAAAUUAUAUCAAAUGAUGCCUAAUUAAUUUCUUGUGACUGUACCACUCAUGCACAUUAGCAAUACACAAUGUAAGUUAUCUUUUGUGUCCAAGUAGAUGCAUUACAGUGGGCGGUGAUC